AUGAGUGGUUCUAUUCCGAACACAAUCGGAUGGACAGUCUGUGACUGGACCAAUUUCCACCGGGACUCUACUCCUGAGCAGUCCUUUCAAACGUUACUCGUUUUAGCCGAAUCCCUUAAGAUUUCGCCCAAAGACCCUGCUUGGAUCUCCGUUGCUGAUAAGUACAAUUUGAAUCAUCAAUGGAAAAUUCUUCAAUCUAAAUCUGAUAAGCCAAAUCUUAAGCUUUAUGGUGUUCCUGUUGCCAUCAAGGACAAUAUCGACGCUCUUGGAUUUCAGACCACUGCUGCUUGUCCCGCAUAUGCUUACACCCCGCUAGAAGAUUCUACCGCUGUUGCAUUGCUUAGGGAGGCAGGUGCUAUUAUCAUUGGUAAGACCAACUUGGAUCAAUUUGCUACCGGUUUGGUCGGUACCAGGUCUCCUUACGGUGUCACUCCUAACAGUUUCUGCUCGAAAAACGUUUGUGGCGGUUCCUCUGCUGGCUCUGCUUUUGCAACUGCGAAUGGGAUAGUUCCAUUGGCUUUAGGAACUGAUACGGCCGGUUCUGGCCGUGUCCCUGCUGCUUUGAACAACUUAAUUGGCCUUAAGCCAACCCUCGGUACCAUCUCGACUGCCGGUGUUGUCCCUGCAUGCAAGUCUCUUGACUGUGUCUCCAUCUUUGCUCUUAACCUAAACGAUGCUCAAUUGGCAUACACCAUUUGUGCUCAACCAGAUAUGGAUCAAUGCGAGUUCUCUCGCGCUUUACCAGUUAAUCCUCUUAGACACUAUCCUCCUAAGCCUCGUGUUGCCAUUCCAAUUGAUAUGACCGAUAAAUGGUUCGGCGAUAAUGACAAUCCCAAGAUUUUCUCCAAGGCCGUGCAUACUUUGCAGAAGGCUGGCGUCGAGGUCGUCCCGCUGGACUUCUCACCCUUGCUUGAUUUGGCGGAAUGCCUCUAUGAAGGUACAUGGGUGGCUGAAAGAUGGGCCGCUACCAGAGAUUUUUUUGCUACCAAUCCCGAUGAAUCCACCUUGGACCCGACUGUUUCUUCUAUCAUCAAAGGUGGUGCAAAAUAUGAUGCUGCUACCGCCUACGAGUAUGAUUAUAAACGUCAUGCCAUUCUCAACCAGGUGAAUAAAAAGUUCAAAGAUAUUGAUGCAAUGAUGGUGCCAACUUGCCCUUUGAAUCCUACCAUUAAAAGUGUAGAAUUAGAGCCAGUUGUUGUAAAUUCCAGACAGGGUACAUGGACCAACUUUGUCAAUUUGGCUGAUUUCUGUGGUUUGGCUAUUCCUGUUGGCUUUAGGGAUUCUGAUGGCCUUCCGAAUGGCGUUACUCUUCUUGGCAGGGCUUUUGAGGAUUACGCCUUGCUAGAUUUGGCAUCCAGAUUUUUCCACGCAUUAUAUCCUGAACACAACCGCCCUAUUGGUCACAUUGAGAACAAAAUCUCCGGUGUUUCCGAUGAAUUAGAUGAUCGCAUACCUGCUCCUAAUAUGCAGGCUUCUAUUAGGCUCGCAGUUGUUGGCGCGCACUUGAAAGGCCAGCCAUUGCACUGGCAGCUAGAUAAGGUGCAGGCUGUUUUCCUUGAGAGUACUACAACGGCUCCCAAAUACAAGUUGUAUGCACUUCCUACGAAGACUCCAACUGCAAUUCCUAAGCCGGGUUUGAAAAGAGUCGACGUUGAAGCCGAGGGUGGUGCUGCUGCCAUUGACAUCGAGGUGUAUGCCAUACCUACCGAACGAUUUGGCGAGUUUAUUGCAAUGGUCCCUGAGCCUUUAGCUAUUGGUACCGUUGAAACGAUCGGUGGUGAAUUCGUGAAAGGGUUUGUUUGCGAGGAAAUUGGUUACCAGGUCAAGGGCGCUAGCGAUAUCACGGAACUUGGAGGUUGGUUGCCUUACGUUGAAAGAUCGUCAAGUGAGAAGGCCAAACAUAGUAAGCCAUUUAAAACUGUCCUUGUUGCCAAUCGUGGUGAAAUUGCUGUACGCAUCAUCAAGACCCUCAGAAAGCUUGGCAUCAAAUCCGUCGCAAUAUACUCUGAUCCCGAUAGAUACUCCGAACAUGUCUUGAUGGCUGAUGUUGCGCUGCCUUUGCACGGUACAACCGCCGCAGAGACUUACAUAAACAUCGAUAAGGUUGUCAAAGCUUGUAAAGAGUCUGCAGCCGAAGCUGUUAUUCCUGGUUACGGUUUCCUAUCCGAGAAUGCUGAUUUUGCAGAUAGGCUUGAAGCUGAAGGCCUUCAAUUUGUUGGACCAACAGGAAAUUCGAUUAGAAAACUUGGUUUGAAGCACUCUGCUCGUCAGAUUGCUGAGAAAGCUGGUGUUCCAUUGGUUCCGGGGUCUGGAUUGGUUGCAUCUUCUGCGGAGGCCAAGAAGAUUGCUGAAAAGCUAGGAUACCCAGUCAUGGUGAAGUCCACUGCCGGUGGUGGUGGUAUUGGUCUUCAGAAGGUUGAUUCUGCUAAGGAUAUUGAAAGCGUCUUCCAGACGGUUCAACACCAGGGUAAAGCCUUCUUUGGUGACUCUGGUGUCUUUUUGGAGAGAUUUGUUGAUCACGCUCGUCACGUCGAGAUCCAGAUGUUUGGUGACGGCAGAGGCAAUGCCAUUGCAAUUGGCGAAAGGGAUUGUUCUUUGCAAAGAAGAAAUCAGAAGAUUAUUGAGGAAACCCCUGCUCCUAACCUACCAGAAGCUACAAGGAAGAAGAUGCGUGCAGCCGCCGAGCAACUUGGCUCAUCCAUCAACUACAGAUGUGCUGGUACAGUUGAGUUUAUAUAUGACGCUACUAGAGACGAGUUUUACUUCCUUGAAGUUAAUACCCGUCUACAAGUGGAACAUCCUAUUACCGAAAGUGUUACUCAUUUGGAUUUGGUUGAGUGGAUGCUCUUUAUUGCUGCUGGCGAUCCUCCUGAUUUUACUAAGGCUUUAACCAUUGACGGUGCAUCUAUGGAGGCUCGUCUAUAUUCCGAAAACCCAGUUAAGGGAUUUGUGCCAUCUCCUGGUACCUUGACUGAAGUCAGAUUCCCAACAUGGGCCCGUGUUGAUACAUGGGUAAAGACUGGUACUGUUAUUUCUGCUGAGUACGACCCUACUUUGGCCAAGAUCAUUGUUCACGGUAAAGACAGAAUGGAUGCUUUGAAGAAACUUCGUCAAGCACUUAACGAAACUGUUGUUUAUGGCGUUGUCACUAACAUUGACUAUUUGCGCUCCAUUGCCAAUUCUGCCCUGUUCGAGAAUGCGCAGAUGUUUACCAAAGUAUUGGACUCUUAUGACUACCAACCUAAUGCCUUUGAGAUUAGUGCGCCUGGUGCAUACACUACUGUGCAAGAUUAUCCAGGUCGUGUAGGUUAUUGGCACAUUGGUGUUCCUCCUUCUGGACCUAUGGAUGUCUAUUCUUUCAGAUUGGCCAACCGCAUUGUUGGCAAUGAUUCAAGAGCUCCUGCUAUUGAGAUUACUCUAAAAGGUCCUUCGAUUCUUUUCCAUCACGAGACGAUCAUUGCAGUGACAGGUGGUGAAACACCAGUCACUCUCAAUGGUGAAACGAUAAAGAUGUACACCCCAAUUUCUAUCAAACAUGGCGAUAAGCUUUCUAUUGGUAAGCUUACCUCUGGUUGCAGAGCCUACUUAGCAAUUAGAGGCGGUAUUGAUGUCACUACAUACUUGGGAUCUUGUUCAACGUUUGCUCUUGGUAAGUUAGGUGGUUACAAUGGCCGUGUUCUUAAGAUGGGUGAUGUAUUGUUUCUUGGACAACCUGGAAUUCCCGCCUGCAGCAUUCCGGCUCCCGUUUCUGCUCCCGAGGCUGCUCCAGCUUCUCUUGUUCCUCAUAUUCCAGCCAAGGAAUGGAAAGUUGGUGUCACAUGCGGUCCUCACGGGGCCCCAGACUUCUUUAAAGAUGAAUAUGUUGGCGAGUUCUUCUCUGCUCAAUGGAAGGUUCAUUAUAAUUCCAACAGAUUUGGUGUCAGACUUGUCGGUCCAAAGCCAAAGUGGGCUCGUAAGAACGGAGGUGAGGGAGGCCUUCAUCCAUCCAACACUCACGAUUACGUCUAUUCUCUUGGUGCAAUUAACUUCACUGGUGAUGAGCCGGUGAUUUUGACCUGUGAUGGCCCGUCUCUUGGCGGAUUUGUCUGCUUUGCCGUUGUUGUCCAGGCUGAAAUGUGGAAGAUUGGACAAGUAAAGGCCGGAGAUUUGAUCACUUUUGUUCCUGUUAGCUUCUCCGAUGCUAUUGUCCAAAGAAAGGCUCUGGAUAAUGCCAUCGAAAGUCUCUCUGGUGACAUGCCAUCCAUUCAGUCUUCAUUGCCAUCCCCAGAAAAGGCCAUCAUCGCUACCUUCAAGCCAUCGAGCUCCGCUCCCUUGGUCACCUACAGACAAGCCGGUGACAGGUAUGUUCUUGUUGAGUAUGGUGACAACACGAUGGACCUCAACAAGUCUUAUCGUGUUCAUAAAUUGAUCGAUAUGGUCCACACGCAUAAGACUGUUGGCAUAGUUGAAAUGUCUCAGGGUGUUAGGUCUGUCUUAAUUGAGUUUGAUGGCCUUGAGAUUGAUCAGACUACUCUUAUCGAGACGCUAGUGGCUUACGAAGCCGAAGUUGCAUUCUCCAAUAAGUGGACGGUGCCCUCAAAAAUAAUUCAUUUGCCCAUGGCAUUUGAAGACAAGAAAACAUUGGAUGCCGUGACGAGAUACCAGGAGACAAUUCGGUCCUCUGCUCCAUGGUUGCCCAACAAUGUGGAUUUCAUUGCACAGGUUAAUGGUAUCAAACAUAAGGAUGUGCAAGAUAUGCUUUACUCUGCCCGAUUUUUAGUUCUUGGGCUUGGUGAUGUGUUCCUCGGUGCCCCUUGUGCUGUUCCAUUGGAUCCUCGUCAACGUUUCUUGGGUUCCAAAUACAAUCCAUCUAGAAUCUACACUCCCCCAGGUACCGUCGGUAUCGGUGGUAUGUACAUGUGCAUAUAUACUAUGGAGUCACCUGGCGGAUAUCAAUUGGUUGGUAGAACGGUUCCUAUUUGGGAUAAGCUUUCUCUAGGUGUUCACACCAAGAACUUAAACGAGGGCAAUCCAUGGUUAUUGACUCCAUUUGAUCAGGUCAGUUUUUACCCGGUCUCUGAGGCAGAGCUUAACAAGAUGUGCGACGAUUGGGAACAUGGAUUCUUCAAGGUGGAUAUGGUCGAAUCUGUGUUCGACCAUACCAAGUACUUGCAAUGGAUCCAGGAAAACGCGCAAAGUAUCGAGUCAUUUAAAAAGAACCAGGGGGGCGAGAAGCUAGAAGAAUUUAGCCGGUUGAUACAGGUUGCCAAUGAAGAACUUCAGAAAUCGAGCUCGACGUCUGACAAGCCUCCUGAAGAUUGGCCAGAAAAUGCUGAAUUGGUGUAUUCUGAGUACUCCGGACGGUUCUGGAAGCCACUAGUCAAAAAUGGAGAUAUUGUGGAGAAUGGUCAAGGUCUAGUUGUCAUCGAGGCUAUGAAAACCGAGAUGGUGGUUAACGCCACGAAAAAUGGAAAGGUGUUGAAUGUGCUCCACAAGAACGGUGAUAUGGUGGAGGCAGGCGAUUUGGUCAUCGUCAUUGUGUGA